AUGAAGCUAAACAAAAUACUCAAACGCCUCGAAAUCGAUGAUGAAGGCGGUCCCAUCCCAAACCGAUGGAUGAACAACGAUAUCAAGCCGGUUGAGGCCGGCCGUCGGACAUGGGGAUUCUGGAUGUUUCAUAACUUUUGGAUUCUGAUCAAUUCGAAUAUCUCCACGUAUAUGACGGGCAGUUCGUUGAUUGCAAAUGGCUUGACCUGGUGGCAAGCUGUUGUUGCGAUUGUGGUGGGCAAUCUGUUGGUUAUGAUUUUUGUGGUCUUGAAUUCGUUGCCGGGGAUUUAUUAUCAUCUUGGAUUCCCGGUUGUCAAUCGAUAUGUGUGGGGUCUGUAUGGAAGCCAGUUCGUUCUGUGGAAUCGGAUACUUUUGUCACUUGUCUGGUACGCCUUCCAAGCCUGGAUCGGCGGCGAAUGCAUCUACGUCUGCCUCCAAGCAAUCUGGCCCUCGCUCGAAUCCCGAAUCCCAAACCACAUGCCAUUAUCCACCGGAAUGACAACCGCCAAUUUUGUCGCCUACAUCGUCUUCAUGGUGAUUUCGUUGCCAGUUAUAUACGUCAAGCCGCACAAGUUGCAGGUUUUCUUCUACGUCUCCGCAGCUACCAUCCUCAUCUUUGAAAUUGUUGUGCUUAUCUGGUCCAUCCUCACGAUGGGCGAGACGGGCUUUGGUGAUACCAUGUCCGAUAAGGAUGAUGGUUACUCCGGGUGGAAUAUUGCCUUUGGAAUCGUGAGUACGAUCGGUAGUAUUGCGGCUGGUAUUCUGAACCAGAAUGAUUACGCCCGAUUUGCGAAACGGCCUCAUGAUGCUAUCCUCGGGCAGCUGAUUAGUUGUCCGCUGUACGCUAUCGCAUGCAGUGUCAUCGGGAUACUGGUCACGGCUGCUACGCAAGAGCGGUAUGGUGAGGCGUUGUGGAAUCUGCCUGAUUUGCUGAGUGCGGUGAUUACGCAUGGAGGAUCUCGUUCCCGCGCCGCGGCGUUCUUUGGUGGUGCUGCGUUGGCUAUUUCGCAGAUUGGGGUUAAUGUUCCUGGGAAUGCGCUGUCGGGGGGAUUUGACCUCGCCGCUACAUUCCCGAAAUAUAUCAACCUUCGACGCGGUGCAUACAUAACAGCAUUAUUAUCUGUGGUCUGCAAUCCGUGGAGACUAGUUAACACGGCGACGACCUUCCUCUCCGUGCUCAGCAGUUACUCGGUAUUCCUGGGCCCGAUGAUCGGAAUUAUGAUUGCGUCGUAUCUCGUCGUCCACCGGAGGAGAAUCAAAGUGGAGGAUCUAUUUCCCUCUCAGAAUCCGAGGGAUAGUAUAUAUUGGUAUAGCUAUGGAGUGAACUGGCGGGCUGGUAUUGCGUGGAUAUGCGGCACAACGCCUUCCCUGCCUGGUUUCGUGGCGAGCGUCAAUACAAGCGUUACAGUGCCUAUCGGUCUCACACAUCUGUAUUAUAUAUGCUUCUUGACGGGUUUCAUUAUCAGCGCGGCGGUUUUUUGUAUAUUGCACUGGGUGUUUCCGGUGCCGGAGGUGCAGAGAUUCGUCGAGUCGGCAGGGUCAGUCCAAGUAUUUGUUAGGGAGUAUCGGGAGGAAUGGGAUGGUAGUGCUGAAGGAGUUGAGGGUGUCGUUAGGGUUGGGGGUGGAAAGAUAUAG